AUGGAACCUUUGGCUACCAAGAUUGAGAUGAUUGACCUACUGAAUAGUCGUGACGGGGAUUCGGAUGUCGAAGUUUUGGAGGAUAGCGAUUCCACAGGAUCCGGGCAGACUGUUUUUGAGUGUAAGCACGAGGACGACGAUGAUGAGCACGAUAUGCCGAUGUCUACAACACCGAAGGACGGCAAUGAAAAUGAGGAUGAACCCUUGUUUUCUACCAAGCAGGAACCCAUAGAUGUCAGUGAAAGAGACUCUGGAGCAGUUGAAGGUCGAGUGCACGACGCGCAGAAUCCCACGACACUCAUAAAGCGAGAGGAUGAAAUGCCCGCGACGUCCCCUGCAUCCUCGAUGAACCGCGUUUCCGCAUCCAACAUUAGAGCC